AGUCUGCAUUAUAUCUAAAAUAUUCAAUAAAAACUGAAUUGUAUUUCAUAUUAUUAAAAAGGAAGUUUUAAUCAAGAUAAAAUAAUAAUAAACAUAAUCAAAAAUUUUUGCCUCUUAGGUUUCAUUUUUCAGAGUGCGGCACAUAUGUUUCAACUUUUACUUAUUGUUUUCAUUAUUUUCUUAACCCUUUGCGGCAUAGUGACACUCCUGAGUAUCACCUUUUUUCUUGCACUUUUUUGAAUACUUCAGCCACUAUUUUACACAUUUCAGUAAUAAAAUGUAUUUAAAAUGUAUUUUAGAAUAUCUAUUACUAUAUAACUACAUUAAAAAAGUGUUUUUUAUAAAUAAAAUAAAUGUUAUAGACAAAUUAAGUUUAAAAAUAGCGUUUUUUUUACAAUAAAUGUAAUUGUGACUAAACAACAAUAGGAAAUAACCUAACAAUAAUGUUUAUAAAGUUUUCGGGGUCGCUGAUUAUGAAUCUGGCAUCAGAUUUUCAGAAUUCAAAAUGGCGGAUCCAAUAUGGCGGAUGACAAAAUGAAAAAUUGAUCGGAUUUCCUUGAAACUUGUAACUCGUGGGUUUUUGGGGGCGCUGAUUACGAAUAUGACGUUAGAUUUUCAAAAUUCAAAAUGGCGGAUCCAAUAUGGCGGAUGAGAAAAAGAAAAAUUUAUAGGAAUGGCUUGAAACUUGUUACUCGGGGGGCCAAACAAUUUAUUUCAGUUUACAAAAAAUUUCCAAAAAAGUAAAAAAAAAUUAUAAAAACAAAAAAAUGGAGCUAAAAUAUCGCUACGUUCUCGUCAUUAGCUCUGAGUAACGCUAAAGCGAAUAAAAAUCAAAAUCCGAUUUAACAUCAGUAAGUCACGAUCUUGUAACAGAUCCAAAUUAUUUUUAACUAUUUUGGGUGCCAUAUUAUCGGAUUCAUCAUCAGCUACUCCGAAAACCCCCAAAUAACCAAUUUAGAAAGGAUUUUAUCAAUUUUAAGAAAAUUGUCCUCUAUAUUGGAUCCGCCAUUUUGAAUUUUAAAAAACUGACAUCGGAUUCGUAAUCAGCGACCCCGAAAACCCCUGAGUAACCAGUUUCGAGCGGAUAUGAUCAAUUAAAAAAAAUUGUCCUACAUAUUGGAUCCGCCAUUUUGAAUUUUGAAAAUUUUUUAAAUCUGUCUUCGGAUUCGUAAUCAGCGACCCUUAAAACCCCCUAUAAAAGAUCUUGCAACAGGAGAAUCGUUUACGUCUCUUACCUUUCAAUUUAGAAUGGGUAUUACAACAAUUCAAAAGCUGGUUCAGGAAAGCAUGAAAAUUUUAUGGAAAACUCUCCAACCAGAUGUGUUGAAAUUUCCUUCCACUGAGGAAGAGUGGAUGAAAAUAAUAAAAGACUUCGAUGAUUUGUGGCAGUUUCCAAACUGCUUUGGAGCUAUGGAUGGAAAGCACAUUAUGAUGCAAGCGCAACCAAACACUGGCUCAGAUUGUUACAACUACAAAGAAUUUCACAGCAUUAUACUAUUAGCAAUGUGUGAUGCAACGUAUAAUUUUACUUACGUAGACGUGGGUGGCAAAGGAAGACAGAGCGAUAGUGGCGUUUUGAAAAAUACAGAUUUAUAUGAAAAACUCGCAAAUGACUCAUUGAAUCUACCUCCAGCAUCUUUUCUUCAUGAUAAUGGACCAAGAGUUCCUCAAGUUUUCCUGGGAGAUGCAGCUUUUAGUAACACCGAUUAUUGUCUGUGCCCAUUUAAAGGGGCAGGAAAAGGAAAUCUUGAAAAGGAUAAAAUGAUAUUUAAUUACAGGCGAGAAGAGCAAUUGAGAAUGCGUUUGGAAUAUUAGUUGCUCGAUGGAGAAUAUUUAGAGGACUAAUAACAGUAGGAUUAGUUAUGAUAUCUAUAAGUCUAUAAGUGAUAUAUAAAUAUAUAUAUAUAUAUAAGUGAUAUAAGUCUAUAACUCUAAAAAUUAUUUUAUUGAUUUCCUUGUUUUAGAUUGAGCCCAUUUGUCUUAAAAAUAUAUACGCUAAAAAUUUAGAAAAUGUGUUCUCAAAAUUAUUAAGACAAUACUA